AUGCUUCUUUGCCCUGGAUGCCAUGGCAGCUCCACUGCUAAAUGCGUCCAAAAUCUUGGUUGCCGUAACGACAGACGUCAUCGGGAUCCCUCGAUCCUCUCGAGUAUCAACGAGAGAGGUGGCGGCAAAUUAAGGUACACCAAGAACAAGACGAAUAUUUAUUUCCUGAACGGAGAAGUCGAUCGGUUCACGUUACACCGGUUGCGGGAGAUCGCCAAGGUCGCAGACCUGUUCGCCCUGGAUGCCCACCCCAAGACGGGUGAAUUACGACUGGUAGUACCAGUCACCCUGAGAGAAGAUAUUCUGCAUUAUGCUCAUGAAGAUUUUCAGGGUGGACACCAGGGCAUCAAACGGACUCACGAAAAACUGCGCUAUGAAUUCUACUGGCCCGGGAUGUAUACAGACGUGGAACGGCACGUAAAAGAGUGUGUAGAUUGCGCGAGCGGCAAGGGACAUCCGUCUAACCCCGGUCCAUCUCCUGGAAACAUCGAACCAAGACGACCAUUUGAAGUGGUCUCGAUGGAUUUCGUGACGCACAUGCCGAAGUCAGAGCGAGGAAAUACUUUCCUGCUCUUAUUCCAAGAUAUGUUUUCAGGAUUCGUGAUGUGUAAACCGAUGUCCUCCACGACGGCCCAGGAUGUAGCCGAAGCAUAUGAGGAACGGGUGUUCAGGAUGUUUGGCGCUUCAGAAAUGAUCCGCCACGAUCAAGACCCGAGAUUCAUGAGUGAGGUCUUCACCCGAUUCAGGGAGCUCCUGGGCAGCCGUCAAAGAUCCACUCUGAGUUACCGGCCCCAGGCUAAUGGACAACAGGAGCGUUCCGUCCAGACAGUCAUUCGAAGG